CUGGGGGAGUGUCGGUAGGUCAAAGAGACACAGGAUGAGCAGUAGAGGGCGUGGCAGGAGCAGAUGUAACAGACGCUUCUCCCGACGGUGUCUAGGGUGUUUAGAUUUCCUCACCCACGGCUCUAAUACACAACAAUUUAAACUAUUUUUCCAGGUAGUGAUACCCACUUCCCGGAGAAUACUUACAGUAUAGGUGCUUAAUAAUUUGGACACCGAACCUGAUACCUUGUUUUAAAAAUGAUACUGAAGCAUCUGACAAUUUACUACUGGAGAAUACAGGAGACCUAAUGCCUUAUACCAGUGUCACGCCUCAAAUAUCACUGUUGUUGACAACACACGUUACCAAAUUUACUCAGUCCUCCUAUUUCAACGUAAUCUGUCACAGUUCGCCGCCCCAGUAAGACAUUAAACCAACAUCUCUCCUUAUUGUUACUGCUAAUACACACAAAUCACUUUAAAACAAUGUUCUUAUAUCCUUUUGCUUUUCUAACCAUGGAUGAGGCUACAGGCAACCUUCUAUCACCAUCCACAUUCCCACUCACUGACAAUGUUUCAUCUUGAAGCACAGAUAUCCUCGGAUACCUCCUAUUCUCCACCGAAUACACUUCCUGCCUUUGUUCUUCUACAUGGACUACUUUUCUACAAUCUCUCGUAAUAGUACACAAGCACGCCAAUUUCUCCAUACACUAUGCAGGUAAUAACGAAUGAUUAAACAGACAUGUCAUAGGUAUGGCCACUUCCCCCGACCCUCCUAAGGGACUUCCACCCCCUAGUCUAAUCUUCUGGUGGACAGAGUGCCUAGUCGAACCUUCUGGGGGCUAAACCCCCCAUAGGGGCCCCAACCCCUAGGUCUAUCAGUAGUGGAUACAGUGGGUCUACUGAAUAAACUCAGGCUUUCCAGAUCUGUAUCCUUUCAUUUGUAUUCAAAUCUCGUCUCCUCAAGAUGUCAGGAGUAGUAACAGGUAGGAACUUUGCCAACCUUGUUUUUAUGUGCUGGCUCCUGUUCUACUGAUUUGAACUCUCCAGUUUAACUAUAAAUAUUGGUUAAUCCUGUCAACAUUGGCAACAAAACUCACGGGCGACUAGAAAAAGCUCAAACCAAGUUUAUUCAACCACUGAGUCAUAAAGCUGCAAAGACAACAUACAAGUCCCACAAGCACAUCUUCAUUCCUUCCAAAUAGGCGGAGUCAACCCCUAUCAUCUCCUAUCUAAGAUAGACACGCCUUCUCUGUAUUUAGGCAGAAACAGAGGAGCUUCCUCUUACUGGUAUUAUCAUGGCCAUGCCUAAGACUAGGGCCCUCGUGGGUUGAAAAUGUGCAUGUGUGUGAGAUAGGACUAUAAUCAGAUAGUCUUUGGGGUGGACACCUGUGGCCCCCCUCCCAGCAGUCUUCUCUCUUCAUCUGUUGAACUCAAUUUGAGUUGAGUUCCAUAUCCUUCAUGGUCCUGUUUCCUCAGAAACUAGCCUGCCUUAUCAAUAACUGAAAGUAGACUGUUGCCCUAGAAUCCAACAGAAUGUUCUUAAUGUCUUGUACACUCAGUGUAGGAAGAUCUGCUCCUUUAAGAGAUGGAGAAGAAAGCUCAAAGUCUUUCAAUAUGGUGUUGGGAGGAGCCUGUUGAUGAAAUGAAACUAAACAGCAGAGCUGAAUGUUGAGGACCUGAAGACACUUUCUCCUUAUACAUUUUUCUGAACACUUGCCAGUCCCCUUAACUCAGUCUUCCUUUGGGAUUCAAGAGGGAAAAAAAGAUAAUUCAACAACAAACAUCAUCUCAGGCAUGGCUUCAGCUAACAAUCCACAGUCUGAAAUACAGUUAAUAUGCAGUAUCUGUGAGGAGGUGCUCAAGAAACCAGUCACAACCCCAUGUGGGCACAACUUCUGCAUGGAUUGUAUCAGAGUAUACUUGAAAAACAAUGUCCUGUGCCAGUGUCCACAGUGCAAGGAGAAAUUCCCUAACAUAUCUGAGCUACAAGUCAAUACUCAAUUAUCUAAAAUGGUUGAUGAGUUCUGGAAUCCAUUUGUGGUAAAUAAAACAAGCCCCCAGGACCAAUGCCUGGACCAUCCUAGAGAGGUGUCCCAUGAUAUCUGUGUUGGGAGGGAGGUCAAGGCUGUGAAUUCUUCUUUUGAGGCCUCUUACUGUGAGACUCCCCUGGAGCCCAAUCAGAGAGUCACAACCUUGAGGAGACAACAGCAUGCAGAGAAUCCUGAAGAACAUAUGUGUGAGAGGCAUGGGAGAUGUCUGGAGUUCAAGACCGACUACAAUACCCACAACACUCUCCCUCUUAAAGUGGAAACCAGAAAGAAUAAUGUACAGUUAGGAAAGGCUGAAGUGCUGCAGAUGAUUCAGGGCAGACAGCAGAAGGUUAUUGAGAUCAGAAAUAGUCUACAAUCUAGCGGAAUAAAUGCAGAGCAAGAGAUAGAGAACAGUUGUCAGAUCUUUAGAGCUUUAAUGCGUUCCAUUGAAAGAAGCCAGGCUGAACUCAUUGAGGUGAUUUCAGAAAAGCAAAAGGAAACUAAAAGCCUGGCUGAAGGGCUCAUUAAAGAGCUGGAGCAGGAAAUCACUGACCUAAAACUCCUCCAGAGCUCAUCAUCCCUGUGCACCUCUCCACCCACCAAGGACUGGUCUGAGAUCAGGGUUCAGAGUAUUGAGAAUGUCGGCAUGGUGAGGAAAGCUGUGAAGAGAGCUGGCUCUCAGUUUGAAGACGCACUGAAGAGUGAAUUGAAGAGGUUGUGUGAGGCUGAGCUCAAGGUUAUUCAGCAGUGGUCAGUGGAUGUAACUCUGGACCCUGAUACAGCUCAUCCCAAUCUUACUCUCUCUGAAGAUGUGAAACAACUUAGACAUUCCGGUAGACGACAAAACUACCCUGGCAAUCCAGAGAGGUUCUUCUAUAUUGCCAGCAUCCUGGGAAAGGAAGGCUACUCCUCAGGAAGAAUCUACUACGAGGUGCAGUUGAAGGGAAAUACUCUCUGGAGUGUAGGAGUGGCCAGAGAGUCCAUUAAAAGAACGAUUUAUGCAGCAAAGCCUGAGAAUGGACUCUGGACUAUCCAGCAGGGGAAAGGGAACGUCUACAGGGCCUGCACCACUGACCCUACCACCCUCUCCCUGAGUGAGAAGCCCCAGAAGGUGGGGGUCUAUGUAGACUAUGAAAAUGGUGAGGUCUCCUUUUACAAUGCCCAGGCCAGGUCUCAUAUCUACUCAUUUACCGAUUGUUCCUUCACUGAGAAACUUUACCCGUACUUCAACCUUGGGGUUUGUGGCAUUGACAAAAUGUCAGCACCGUUGAUCAUCUCUCAUGUGAGCCAAUCAGAUUGAGAUUUAACUCGUAUCGAUUAAAUUCUAAAGUAAACUGAACAUUCCAUGCAUUGAUUUAUAUUGAAUAUUUAGAGAGGUAUAUAUUGUAUCUUACCAGAAAAUCUAGAAUCACAUUUGCUGAACUGUAUUGUGAUGUCCUUUACGAUUGUAUGAUGACAUACUGAAAAUGCAGCUCAUUACUAAUCCUGCCCCAAUAUGUCUCUGUAUCUAAUUUAUGUGGAUACUUGUGGAUACUUUAUUUUUAUGUGGUAUACUCUGAAAUGUGCAUACUUGUUUCAAUGGCUUUUGUUAUUUGUGCAGUUCCUCAAAUAAUCUUCUGGGCUACAGCACAAUAAAAGCUUUGUGAACUCCUACAUAAUAUGAACAGGAAGUGUGAAUGUAUUAGAUACAUGGCAACCAUACUACAGGCUUCAGCUGAGAGAGUCCUGUCAUGUGAAGGGUUAAUUCAGCCAUGUACUGUUUCUUUAAGAGCAGCUGCAUUUCAGUUUAGCAGUAAGGGACCUGGACAAGCCAUGGUAAUGUCACCUUCUAAAAUGAGACUCGACUAGAGAACUUUGUGCUUUAGCAUGACAAAAUCCCCUCACAAAUCUCUCUACACAGCCUAAUAGAGUACAAAAUAUAUCAUCUUUGACUUGCUGUUCUUCUGAA